GUGAUUGGAUGAUGGGACACAAACACUUUCACUUUCUGUAUUGUGACACUAUAUAUACCAGAGAACAACGACAGAGCUGACUAAAGAAUGAGACACGGAGGGCGAGGACUGUCAUGGAAGCGGCUGCUGGCUUCUCCAAGCUAGAAGAGGAUAUUACGUGUUCUGUGUGUCUCCAGGAGCUCGCCGACCCGGUCUCUAUCACCUGCGGACACACCUUCUGCAGAGCCUGCAUUACCGACUACUGGGCCACCGCGCAGCCACAGGAAUACCUCUGCCCGGAGUGCCGGAGCACCUGUCCCAAAGACCAGCUCAUACCGGCCUACAGGCUCAAACAUCUGGUUUCAAAGGUCCAGCUUGCCAAAGAAGAACAGGCUAAACGAGAAAGAAUGGCUCCUGCGUCCGCUGUUCCGCUGGUUUACACUGAUCCGCACGGCCAGCUGCAGCUAGAUGAAUCUGUCAUACAGAGCUGCUUCCUGGACGGAAAGAUUGCGGGUUACCCCCUGUGCCUCAUCUGUGUGAUCGGGGAGAAGCGCUGGGGGAAAUCCACUCUGAUGAAUUAUAUCCUGAGAGCCCUUCACAGCCUGGAGACACAGCAGCGGAUCAGCCUGGGGGAACUUAAUGACCCCCUCACAGGGUUUGCAUGGUUACCUGGGACAGACACAAUUACCAAGGGCAUAUGGAUGUGGAACAAGCCUUUUAUCUUGAAGCGGAAUGGAGACAAGAUGGCCGUGUUUGUCCUGGACACAGAGGGAUCGCUGGACAUAGAGAGUGACCGAGAAACCUGCAUCAAGCUGUCCGCGCUCUCCAUGCUCCUCAGCUCAUACCUGAUAUUCAAUAUUAGUGCCAUGCUGAAAACUACAGAGCUGGACUACCUAGAGACGUAUCUCUAUGUCGCUGAGCUGACGGGAAAGUCCUUUUCCCUGCAACCUCUACAGUGCCUGGAACUCCUGGUGCGAGACUGCUACGAUCCAAAGAACUGCGGCAGAGCAGCGGCUCUUACCUAUAUUCAGAAAGAGAAGGAGAAGCUACGUAGGAGCUCAAAUCACGGCAAAGUGCUGCAGACUCUUGAUAGUCCAUCAGUAAGUGGAUUCCUGUUGCCUCACCCUGGGAAACAAUUCCCUACAUCAGUCCAUGGGAGCCUGGCAGAUAUGGAUGAAGAUUUCAGGAGCCAUCUCACAGGAUACAUAACCAAACUUAUGAGAGAACUUUGGGAACACCGUAAAGCUGACACCCAUGGAAACCAAAUUACCUGCGCCCAAGUGGGGAGAGCGCUGAAGGAUUUUUUCAGAGUGCUGAAGAAUAAAAGUUAUGGCUUUAAAUCCCCUAUGGAGAUGUACUAUUCACUUGAAAAUGAAAAGACCUUGGAUGACAUCAUGAAGAAAUUUCAGGAUUUAUUGAAAAAGGAGACCCCGUCCUCUCCAGUUGAUGUCCUGAAGAUUAAAACCUCUGAGUUAAAGAAGAAAGUGAGUGAUAAGAUUGAUACCCUUCUCAGCGUGUACAGGGGUCGCCUGCAAGGAGAUGAAAGUAAGAAGCAGCAGCUCGAGGAUAAGCUUAGAGCUGAUAUGAAGCAAGAACUGGAGAGAUUAUGUGCCCAGCACAAAAAACGCUAUGUAAAGUGUGCAGCAGGAGUGGGCCUAGCAGUGGGGGGUGUAGUCUUGGGUGUGGCAGGAGGCGCAGUGGGAGGUGCUGUUGCUGGGACAGUUCUCGUCGCAGAGGCAGUAGCUAUUGAAGGCACAAUUGCAGCUGGUGCAGCUAUAGGUGGGGGUACAUUGGGAGCCUUUGGAAGCUGGAUUGGACACCUUAUAGGCCGUUUCUUUGGACGUAAGAAGAAUGAAAACAACCAACAGUCUGAUCGUGAAGGUACGGACGACCAAGAAUCUAAUCGUGAAGGUACAGACGCUGAGAGGCUGUUGGGCAAACAAAAGAAACAAUAGUAAAACUGCUUGGCUGACGGCUGAACUGCUUAGUCCUGGCCAGUCUUCCCUUCUUACUCCUGGCCAGUCUUCCCUUCUUACUCCUGGCCAGUCUUCCCUUCUUACUCCUGGCCAGUCUUUCCUUCUUACUCCUGGCCAGUCUCCCCUUCUUACUCCUGGCCAGUCUCCCAUUCUUACUAUUGGCCAGUCUCCCCUUCUUACUCCUGGCCAGUCUUCCCUUCUUACUCCUGGCCAGUCUCCCCUUCUUACUCCUGGCCAGGGAAUCCCUCCGCAUGUCAGUGUGCCUGAUCAUAGCUGUGCUAAAUGUAGCGCAGCUACAAUCAACUCGGAAUCACCCCCUUUAUUGUAUGCAGGAUUUUACAGAAUCUGGAACAAAUUUCAUUUGGAAUUACAGCGCUCCUGCGAUGUCCGUAGGCCAAAAUCUUCUGCCACAUUCCAUGACUGACUGCACGUGGUGAAACGCGUUCUGCGGCACAACGGUGGCUUCCCGCUGCAGGGAAAAGCCACGUCCAACGGCCGACGAUCCUCCACCUGUCUUAACAUACACUCACAGGUACCCUUCCGGUGGUGAGUACCCCUGUCCCGGUGGUGAAUCCAGCUCCUGCAAUGCUUAUGUAUUGGGGGCAGCCUAACACCGCAUACGGCACUACGGAGCGGCUCCACCAUGUUACUCUGCUCCACCAGCGUGUCUUCGUUCUCCCUCUCUCGCCCCCGGCCGCUCAUUGAAGAUGGACGGCAGCAGAAGGGAGCGCACACAAUAGCGCUGGGUCUCUCCUAUACUCACAUUCCUGCACCCACUUUAAAAACAGUAUAAUCCCGGUAUUUAACCCUCUGAAGUAUUAGAAUUCAGCAGAAACGUCUUAUACUGUAGGUCCAACUUCUACAGUGUUUGAUAUUUGACAUUCUCCAUGUUGUACACGUAGAUCAGCAUGACGUAUAGGAGAUGAUUCAUUCACAUGUGAUCUAUAUGUUUGGGAAUACACAUUAUUUAUACUGUAUGGUUCACGCUGCCUAAAAUAUAUUUGGAAUCUGAAACAAUCUAUUCCCACUAUUGGGAUAAACCUGGCACUGACCGUCAGCAAAUAUUGGGGGUCAUUCUGAACCUAUCGCACGCUGCAGUUUUUAGCAGGGUAGCGACCGGGUCAGAUCUGGGCAUGCGCCGGCGCAUGGCCGCCCAUCGCUACACUACGAUCGCCUCUGCCUAAAUGACAGACAGAGGCAGUCGAUGGGCGGGAGGGUGCGAAACGGCUGCCAUUUCAUGGGCGCGGUCCAGCCAACGCAGGUGUGGCCGGACCGUGCGGGGAGUGGCCCGCAGCGGCUGCGUGACGUCACAAGCAGCCACUGCGGGCCGGGGAGCGAUGAGUAGCUCACAGCCAGCACGCUAAAGCUGCACUGGUCGGGAGCUACUCUUGAAGUGCGAUGCCUUUGCACUUCUGCGGGGGAAGGGACGGCACUGACAUGCGGGGCGGACUAGCCCUGUGCUGUGCGUCCCCCCACAUGUCUAAAGGGCCCUACACACUGGCCGAUAUCACUGCACGAUAUGAACGAUCUCGUUCAUUAAUGAACGAGAUACCGUUCAUAUCGUGCAGUGUGGAGGCACCAGUGAUGAACGAUGCACAGCCUCGCGCUCGUUCAUCGCUGGUGCUAUGUCGGCUGUGCAUGCAGGCCAAUAUGGACGAGAUCGUCAAUAUUUGCCUGCAAGUCUACGGAGCCGGGUGACGGGGGGAGUG